AUCACAUUCGUCGAUCGGUCGUGUAUCGGUGCAGAUCAGUAAGAGUGCGCGAAGUGUGCACGUGUGCCGUAAAGUAGUGUCGGCAGUGUCGGUGUCUAACGUUGAAUGGUGAAAACAAUCCGUUCUAAAUGUCUCGCUCCGGAAUGCUGACGACUUUGGGUGUGACGGUGCUCGCUGCCCUGUUUCUGGUGGAAGCCACGCCAAAGAUCGAGGUGGUGAAGCAAUGGAAUCUGCUGAACUUUAACUUCCCCUGGGACUAUCCGGCCUCGAACAAGGAGUUCUACAAUCCAGAAAACAUCGUAGCCACCGGUAUUGAGGUGGGAUAUGAUCGCAUUUUCAUCGCGACACCACGACUGUUCACCGGCGUACCGUCAACCCUGUCCACUGUGCCACGCGGUACGAACGGUGACUCACCGGUACUGCAGGCCUACCCGGACUGGACGCACCAUCGGGCGGCCACCAAGGAGUACAACUGCUCGGAGAUUGGACUGGUUUCGGUGUACCGGGUGCAUAUCGAUUCGUGCAAUCGGCUGUGGGCUCUCGAUGCCGGUGUGUCACGGUCGCUGGAAGACUUUGAGAUAACGUGCCCCCCGAAGAUACUGGUGUACGAUCUGCACACGGAUCAGGUGGUGCGCCGGAUCGAUUUUCCACGCGAAGUCAUCAGGGGCGAGUCGCUGUACACGAAUUUGAUUGUGGACGAAUCGACCUCGCGCCCCGAGAACAACUGUGACGAUGUGUUUGUCUACAUUUCCGACACGGUGGCACCGGGAAUUGUGGUUUAUGAUAGCACCAAGGAUCUGACCUGGCGUGUUAGCCAUCCGGCGAUGUACCCUGAUCCGGACUUUGCCCAGUCGGCCAUCUUGGAGCACCGUUUUACGCUGAUGGAUGGUAUUGUGGGGCUGGCGUUCGAUAUGGAUGCCGGCAUUCUCUACUUCCAACCGCUGGCCACCGAUCGCAUUUUCUCAGUAACGACGGCUGCUCUGCGCGCUGGCCCAUUGCCAUUCGGAAAGGAACUGCCCGUGAAGCUAGUGGGGCGUAAAGCAUCGCAGGGAAUUGGUCUUGGGGUUUCUCCGCGAGGUGGUACCAUCUUCUUCGCUCCCUUCACCGAAACGGCCAUUGCUUCGUGGAAUCCACGCACGAACGAGCACCACAUUCUUGCCAAGGAUCAAGAAAUGCUUCAGUUUGCUGCCGAUCUGCGUACACCGGACCGUGAUGCGACAGCUCUGUACGCGCUGACGACCAAGUUCCAUCGGUUCUUCCUGAAAAAUGUGGACGCGAACGAGAUCAACACACGGAUUCUGCGUAUCGAUAGUGUGGCCACUCCGAGCGGCAAGCUGGAUGCUCAGAGUCACCUCAGCCCGACCGUUCCGUACGAAACGCUCAAUGCCAACAAUUACUAUCACUCGUCGGUGGUGCUGCCCGUGCCGUAUAAGCCGUUGGCCCCGGGCCAGAGCUAUGCGUUGCCUCCGGCAGCGACCACUUCAACGCCGGUGGGCGUUUUCGGCGGACAACCGCUGCCUCCGCUACCGUCCAGUACCACGUUCGGCCACAGUGUGCAAGUGAAGCACCCGUUCGGUCCGGGCGUUGGGCCCACGAAAUCGUCAUUUUUUAUCCUGAACAGUGGAGAGAAAGCGUUCCCUCCGCCGGCCAGACCACACUACGCCUCGAAGGGACCUACUUUUAUUCCGAAAAUCAACCUGAACUUCAACGAUCUGAAUGGUUUGCGGUACAAGAAGAGCUUGCCGGCGAACGCAACGGUAGCUCACUGACGCGCACGUGAAGCGGCUGGUUGGAAAGGGAGGGGGGGGGGGGGGGGAAGAAGUGAGUUGAAGUGUAAAUAGGUCCGUCUGUCAUAAGACGCAAUAUGAAUGUCUUUGCAAUAGCCCGAUUGCUCGUCGCCAGUCGCUUGGAUACGGCCACUGCCAUGACAACAGUUGUCCCAAUCGACGAGCAAUAUGCCAUUGACCACACUGCCACAUAAGAUUAUAGGAGAUACUCGUAAAUUAAGAAGCAAUCACCUUCGUAGUCCGAUGACAUUGUACCCGAUUGCUUUCAAUUGGAUAAUGUUGGUUCUCGCAAUUCAUUUUCAGCAAUUAAUAAUGACUUUACAAACAUCCAUUCCACGCGAAAUUCGAGAGCAUAAUGUAUGGUUCCGCAUAACAACAAAUAGAACAAAUAUUAAUGGUACCGUUUUUUAUCUGUGUAUUUUAUUUCAAUUUCUUCAUUGUCGUCACUAGCAGUGGAUGCAUGAGACGUUGUAUUAUUAAAUG